AUGAUCGAACUUGGCCUUCAGCGCAUCUCCAGACUGCUGGCACCGAUACCACUGCCAUGGCGAGCCAUCCACAUCGCCGGAACGAACGGCAAAGGCUCUGUGUGCGCUUAUAUCUCCGAGAUGCUGGCCACAUACAACCGCUCCGCCUACCGCCAGCACCUCGGCCACCCACCCAUCCGGCAUGGGCGAUAUACAAGCCCCCACGUUGUUGAUCGGUGGGACUGUAUUACUUUGAGUAAUGGAGACGGAGAGGGGAUGGAGGUCGUGAAGAAGAGCGUUUUCGAGGAGGUCGAAAGGGACGUUCUGAAGAGAAACGAGCGCCUGGAAAUCGGCGCCAGUGAAUUUGAACUCCUCACCGCGACUGCGUUUGAGAUUUUCACGCGGAGUAAGCUGGACGUGGCGGUCAUUGAGACGGGCAUGGGUGGGAGGUUGGAUGCUACGAAUGUUCUUGGCCAACCCCCGAUCUUCGACGAUGAUGCGGACCGGAAGGAUUUGGAUAUGGAUAUGCCAUAUUUCCGACCACCGCCGCUUGUCACUGGCAUUACGAAAGUGGGAUUGGAUCACCAGGGUUUCCUAGGCGAUACGAUUGAGGCGAUUGCGCGAGAGAAGGCGGGGAUUUUCAAACCGAGGAUGCCAGCUACGUGGGAUACGACGAAUCUGGAGUCGGUGCAGGAUGUACUGAGGGAUGCGGCAAGUAAGACUUUGAGCGAGACGUUCUUUUUGUCUGCGCCUGUUUCGGCGACGAAAGACGAUCCGGAUCAUGUCAGGGCGAAUAUGGAUGUGGCGUAUGCAACGGCGCAGAAAGCGCUUUCUAGGCUGGGGAGGAUCAACGGCGAUGCCCAUGCGUCCAAUACUCGAAGUGAGGAGCUAGAAGCCCUUUACGCAGAAAUGGCAACAUCCCACCGCCGCGUCGUCUUCCCAGGACGCCUCGAAUGGAUCGACAUCUCCAACCUGACGGAAAGACACAACCCAGCCCUCCUCGACGGCGCCCACAACGCCCAAUCCGCAGAAGUGCUUGGUCUCGAAGUCGAGAAGCUACGCAACACCAGCCCGUCUACCAAAGUGACAUGGCUGCUCGCAGCCUCCGACACGAAGGACGUCAAAGAGAUCCUCAAGCCACUCAUCCGCGAGGGCGACAGCGUUCUUGCCGUCGAAUUCGGCCCGGUCGAUGGAAUGCCGUGGGUCAAACCGAUGGAUGCUUCAGCUAUUGUAUCGACUGCCGAAGAGCUGGUGCCAUCUUUACGAACGGCAAAGGCAUGUGGAAGCGAUGUCCACGCGGCUGUGCGAGCUGCGGUGCAAGAAAGUGGGAAUGGAAACUUGGUCAUCGCCGGGAGUUUAUACCUUGUCGGAGACGUGCACCGACUUUUGCGGUCAUCCAAGCCUACGAAAUGA